AUGACAGACGUUUCAUACGAAAUUGACGAUGAACUUGGCGACACACUUACCGUCACAGUAUGUCUUGAUGAAGACAUACCAGUAGAGCCACAGCCUCGACCACGAAACUUUGAAGAUGAUCUGACAUUAUUUAAUGAACAGAUUGGUCCACCGACAAAAGCCGACGAUGUAGAAUUUCAUGUAGAUAGUAAUGCACAUUGUAGACAUAUACCAGUACAAGCGGCCAGUAUUAUAGAGUUGAGGUUGAAUCCACCAGCCAUAGGAUCGAUGAGGAACUGGGAGUACUUGGCCAUGCUGUUGGGUAUGAGUAUGGAAGAAAUCGUUGGGUUUCGGUAGGUCUUUAUUGGAUUAUUCUCAUUUGGUUUAGUAGAGGCACAGUAUUAGUUGAACAAGGACGGGGUUAAACAAAAUAUUUUUACUUGGAUAAAGGAAACGUCACUGUAUGAGUAAAAUAAUAUUUUUAGACGAAUCGAAAAUCCGAUGGCCAAACUUCUUCAGAAAUUUGCAAAUUUAACCUUGAACAGCUUUAUCAGAGCUUUAAAAGAUACGAAUAGAAUAGAUGUUCUAAUACUUUUACAGCCUUUGAUCAAUUCUAUCGAUACAAAUAAAUUAGCUUUGGCUGCUGGAGCUGAUUCAGGACAAUUUGACAACGCUGACACUUCAAGUUACAAUGAACUUGCUGGUAAGCGAUUUAUUUUUGUUUUGCUUAGCUUAUAUUGAGGUAUAUAGCAAUGGUAAGGUUUGAAAAGCUUGUGAGACUUUUUAUAUUAUUUGAAAAAGUCUAAAAAGCUAUUUUUAUUCCACAGAUAUUAUGAUUUUUCUAUCAUUUUUAUUACUGUAAACCAUUUCAAACUAAUGUUUCAGGACCCUCAUUAUUCCCACAAACCAUUCCAAGGCCUGUACUUGAACAAAAAGCUUUUAAAAUACCAGAGAAUUACAUUUUUGUGACUCACCAUGAAGCUCAAGAUAAGUCUCCAGAAAGCAAACACAUCAGGAAGUACUUCCGAUCAUUUAUGGCCAAUUUAAAGGACAUUGGAAACAAAAACGGCACACAGAUUUUGGACAUUGAAGAUUGUUUAGACAUACCCAACUUGUACACUACGAUGAUGGAGAUAUUUAGGUAAUACUCCGAAUAGAAAAAAAGGUUUGGUUAAUAUAUGACUUGAAGGAUAGGUUAAUAUGUGAAUUGUUGAUUGUAAAUGAAGGUUACAGUUGAAGUUUUGCCCUUGUAGUAACAUGUUGAAUACUUUUUUAAACUUUAAAUAUUUUCAGCAAAGCCAGACUAAUAUUAUUGUACGUAUCAUCAAGCUACUUCCAAGAUGUUCAUCAGCCGAGGUCUGUAGCUCCACCAAAUCAAAAGACAAAACUCAAGAAAUACGUAGAAGAGUUGAUUGGAACAGAAAGUGCAGAGUCGGGAAACAGUCGAUUUAUGGUGGUCUUGACGAAUCCAGAAGACGAAAAAUAUCGACCGGUAGGAUGGGCGAGGAACACUAUUUACUAUGAGUUCCCAGCCAAUUGGAAUCAGAUUUGCAGCAAAUGUUUUGGGGGCAAAUAG